UCGACUGCAGCGGUCUUUUUCGCAGUUUUUCGUUGCGUUUGGUUGGAGUUUGUUGCAAGUUGGCUGAAUUGUGGGAUUUUGCGAAAAAAAAUUAUUUCAUUACCACCCAGAAGAAUCCUGAAAAAAAGCAGAAAAGAAAUCCCCAAUUAUUCCUCUGAAAUAAAUAGGAUUUUCUUGUUCGUUUCGUGUUACUUAAGACCCUUACAAAUGCUUAACAUGGAAAAUGCAGAAGAAGUGAUGCAAAUCCUGGAGAGAUUUACUCGCCUAAAGCAGAAAGAAAUCCCAAAAGAACUGGACGAUUAUAUGCAUUAUGUAGCAAAAACCGGUGAUACGGUAUUCAAGUGGUCCAGCUUAAAGUAUCUUUUCCGCGAGAAGCUCUUGAAUGUGAUCAAGAAUUUCCACGACACAUCACCACGAGUAGAUGACCUUCCACAGUACCCCAAUGUGGAUCCUUUCAAUUAUGAAAGCAUGAAGUCGUCGCUUUUGGAACGCCUGGAGCUUUUCAAUGCUGCUCCAUUUACCGUUCAAAGGCUAUGCGAACUUCUGACGGAACCUCGCAAGCAAUAUAGUCGCAUAGACAAGUUUAUGCGGGCUCUGGAGAAAAACAUUCUGGUAGUGAGCACCAUUGAACCCGGCCGUAAGCAAACUGAAAGCGAAAAUGGUGAUUCUCUUGAUUCGGUAGUUAAUGGCGAUGUUUCGUUGGAUGUCAAUGUGGACAUUGAAAUGGAAAACGAAACUAUUUUCAACGCUGCCGAUGCCCACAACAAUGCAACCCCAUCUGAAACAACACCUGCUCAACCCUCUUCCAAUCUUAUCCACAAAUCUGACGAUGACAUACUGCCAAAUCCUAAAAAAGCAAAGUUGGACCUUGAUGAGAAUAACGAUAAUGAAACCGAAGCAGCCACAAAAAGUAUUACCAGCAGCAAAUCCGAGAUCACAACAAUUAUUCCAUCAGUUGAAGUUACUAUGGCAGAAGAGACAACCGAUUCAUCUGAAGAGAAAAAACAACAAAACGAAGAACCUUCUUCUGAAGAUAAACCAGCCACAGUUGAAAAUGUGGUAGAAUCAAUUAAGAAAGACAAUAAGGUUGCCGAAGCAGAGAAAAUGGAGGAAGACUUACCCUCUUCAACUCCUAUUGACGAUACUAAGGAUGAAGCCAAUACGGAUGUAAAGGAAUCUGAAAAGAAAUCCGAAGAGAAAGAAACCACUCCCAUCCCUGCUUCAGCUGGUCAAGGAGCACCAGAAGAAUCGAAACAACCUACAACUGUUUUAGCCGCAACCGUUGAUAGUGCUGACACAGAUAUUAUAACGACUGCCAAGGAAUCGGUGGAUAAGAAGAAAGAAGAAUGCCCCAAGGAGCAAAUUGCUGAAAAGACAAAAGAUGUGGCAGAAAAGGAGAACACUACUAACGAAGAAGUACAGAACGGCGACGUAAAGCCAAGCGAACUUAAGACUGAAACUAACAUCACUACUACUGAAUCAACUAACGACAAGCAAUCCGAAAUGGUUGUGGAAGACCAAACCGUGGAGUCGGCUAGCGAUAAGAAAACUGAAGAUAUCUUGAAAAUUGAGAAUGAAGCAACUGCUGAAGCCCCUGCCACAAUCGCUCCAGCUGAAAAACAGGUUGAGCCGGAAGUUGCAUCAACACCGGCCGCACAAGAAGUGAAAGCUGCAGAUGUGAAACUCGCAGACGAAGCUAUGGCUGCUUCCGAAGAAAAAUCAAUACCAGUUGAAGAAAACAAGGCAUCAGCCGUCGAGAGCUCAACGGUGAUGGAAGUUGAUGCUGCUACACAGGCUACUAAAACUGUAACAACAGAAUCUCCACAAAACGAAUCCGUCGCAAAAGAAGAUGCAAUUAAAUCCACAGAGGUUACAGAGAAAGAGACUGAUAAGCCUAAAGUAGCCGAUUCGCCAGCAGUGGAGGCACCGAAAGCCGAAACUCCAGCUGUUGCCGCCGAACCGACAGCAGAAAAAGCAGUUGACAAACCAUCAGUUGAAGCAACACCCUCUGUUGUCGAAAAGGCAGCGACAGUUGAAAAGGCGGCAGUUGAAAAAGUUGAAGCUGAAAAGGUGUUAGUUGAGCAAGCGGCAGUUGAGAAACCAGAGGUCGAAAAAGCAGAAGUGGAUAAGGCUGAAUCCGAAAAGGAGGCAGUUGAAAAGGAAGCUGUCGAAAAAUCAGCAAUUGACAUGCCAGAAAAAGCAUCACCGCUCACUGUCGACACACCAACUGUUACCCCACCUACAGAUGACUCGCCUGCAGUCACCGCAUCUUCCGAUACAAAACCGGAGGUUGCUGCACCAACGACAGCGGCCGCACCACCACCAGCACCAACACCAGUAGCAGCAGCAGAAGCACCGGCAAUUACAGGAGAGCCAGUUAUCACCGCUGACCAGCCCAUGGAAGAAAAUCCCGAAUCCAUUGCCGAAGCUGAGCCCGUUGUCCCGGCAAUUGUUGUCGAAGCUGCCGCCACCGUCGAAGAGGUUGUUAUGGGAGGUGAUAGUGUCGAAAUGGCAACAGAUGCCACUGAACCAGUCAAGGACGAACCAGCUGGCAUGGAAGUAGAUGAUACCAGUCAGGAGGCAAUGGACCAAUAAACUUCCAUUCAAAUUAUUUCCUUAUAAGUAGAACGGCAUCGAAUUUGAAAGCAGCUUAAGUCAGGGGUAUUACUAUUUCCUAUUUCUUUUCCGUUCUCUUUUUUAUUUUUCAAUUCAAAACAUUCUCUUCGGUAUAUGUCCCAAAUUGACUUUGAAUCGGAUGCUCGGGCGGUAAUUCUCACAUACAUAUUUAUAACGUAUUAACUUAUAUUCGAAACAUUAACGAACAUACAUAUAUUAAACUAUUCUAGUAUUAAUCAGUACGUAGAUAUUUUUUUUACACAAUUGGAUGAAUGUUAUCUGUUUUUAUCUUUUCAAUUUAGUUUUUCGUUCCGAUUGAAACAUUAUCUGUGAAAUUUUCGUACACAUAUAAAACAAAAAAGUUUAAUUAAAAAUAAACGUACAUGUAUUUGUAAAUCCUUAUGUGAAGUUGAGUUGUUUGAAUUUUAUUGAAAGAUAAUGUUUCAGCUUCGAACGAAGUUUGGAAGGCUCUUGAGGACCAAUUAAAGGUCAAAUCAGCAACUCACCAGAA